CACAAGGAGAGGAAGUUUGCAGUUGUGCGGUGGAGUGAGGGAGAGGAUGCUGGGAAGCUUAGUGAAGUAAAAACUGAUAACAUACGGAGGUAUGACGACUCCAAAAUGGACCAACAUGGGAAUCCCAUUUCCACCUACUCAGCUAUUAUCGAGUGGCGCCAUGGGAAGAAACAGCCAGGAGGGUGGCCACACUACAGGGGCACUGUUGUUUUUGUCUGUGCUACUCGUUUUGAGGCAGCUCGUAAACUUAACGCAUUACUGAGGGAAAAUGAACCAGCAGACCUGACCAAGAGGGCACCAGUCCACCCUAAAAACAAUCAGGAUGAUUCUGAUGACUCAGAUCCAGAUGACACUCAGAUUCUGUUGCAGCCUUUGCAAGUCAAGGCAGCUCGUAAACUUAAUGCAUUACUGAGGGAAAAUGAACCAGCAGACCUGACCAAGAGGGCACCAGUCCACCCUAAAAACAAUCAGGAUGAUUCUGAUGACUCAGAUCCAGAUGACACUCAGAUUCUGUUGCAGCCUUUGCAAGUCAAGAAGUCAAAGGCUCUCACAAGGAAAGACCCUGCAAAGGAAUUCCUUGCAAUGUACAGUCAUUCACCACUUUCAGUCACUGACUGUGACCAAAGUCCAAAAAAGACUGUGGUUGAACUUAAGCGAGAGAUCCAAGACCUGAAAGAAGAGAAUGCCAAACUGAGGGAGUUGCUUGUAGAAGAUGUGCCCGAACUCAUGAAGACUAUGAAAAAUGUGAUUGAUUUAGCUGAGCCUCUUAAGAGAUCAAGUUUUGAGCUCCCCCAGAGUUCUACACAGUCCAGGCCGGGUUCAUCAUCUGAUGAUUCACAGAUGCCCAUUCCCAAAUCUGUUCCAUCUGUCUCAUCAGAGUCUGUCACUCCAUCUACAAGAGAGUCCCAGUCGUCAAAGGUGGAGAUCCAUCCUGGGACAGGAGUCAUGAUCGCGAAACUGGCGUGGGCCUAUGCUAUUAAUGCAAAUUCUGCUACAGUCUUUGUGAGGCAUCUGCUCCCAGCAGUAUUCCCAACAGAGACACUG